GUCCAGGAAUCGCGAACCCGACAGCUGGGCAUCAUCAGCCUCUGAUUGUGAUGACUUCCAGCCCACGAGUCGACUGCCUCGUCAACUGCCUCAUUCAGGGCUCAACGGGGUCAAGGGAGCGAGAUACCUGUGAGCUCGGCGCUAUGCCUCCUCAUGCCAUGUGCUGAUGAGCAGUGCGGAAUGACGAUCAUGUGGACUUUUGUGGGGCUCGGAAUACCUCUAUUUCCAGUAAUGGCCGCUGAAUUUCGCAUUCGACAUCGCGGGUACGGAUGCGACAGACCAGCCUCACCCAGCACGCUAAUGCAGCAUCUUCACACCACGAUUGCAUUAGUGCUGCACGCAUGCACGACUCAGGGUUGGCAAAGACAUAAUUCUGCCUUGUUUUGUUUUUCAAAGUCAGUGUCAGACGUUCACCGGGAGAACUGUCUACUGGUCCGCUCGGCGCAGUCGCGGUCUCUUGUGCUUUUUAGUCCUGGUCUAUCAAACGGGUCACCGGUUCGACGGCUGCGGGUACUCUUCCCGCUUAUUAAGGAUCAGAUGAAAAGGAAGACGUGCAAGUACAGUUACUUUGGGCGUCAUUGUGAAGACCCUACAGACAGGGGUUGAGCCCAGGUUACCAAGGUGCUGGACCCGAGAUGCUGCACCUCACAUCCUGGCUGCAAAAGCAACCACUUUCCGAGUCAUCGGUAUGUCCCGAUCAUGGCUGUUUACGGAAGUGACCGAACUAUAA